AUGGCUGAGGGGCACACAUUCCACGAAAAGGACGUGCCAGAGGAGUCACAUCUCCUCGAGGAUUUCGAGGAUGAAGCAAAGACACGACCGGUCGAAGUCGAGUCGAGCAACCCAUCACCAACAGUCCACAUCAACCUCUCGGGUAUCCAGAAAUCACAGUGGACCAACCUAUUACCUUCGGUCAAACGCUGUCUUUUCUUUCUAUUACCGACUUUCGUCCAACAUGGACUCUACCCAGAGCUAGUCAAAUCCGAACGCCUUCAUCCCUCCGGCUACCUCGAUGGUAUGCGCGGGUUAGCCGCCCUCUUUGUCUUCUUCUACCACUUCUCCUACUCGAGCCACGAUGUGCUUACCGCAUAUGGCGGCACUGGCAAGCCUGAUGAGCAUCGCGAGUUCCUCAAGCUCCCUUUCGUCCGCUUUUUCUAUACAGGACCCGCCAUGGUGUCCAUCUUCUACGUGGUAUCUGGCUAUGCAUUGUCGUACAAACCUGUGAAGCUUAUGCGGAGCAAGAGUUGGAAGGACUUAUUACACACACUUUCUUCGGCAACCUUUCGCAGAGCUUUUCGCCUCUAUCUGCCUUGUUUUGUCUCGACUUUGAUGAUAGUACUCUUGGUGCGAUUGGGUGCAUAUGACGCUACUCGCGACAUCGCAUACGACGAAAAGCGUCUCACCCAGGUCCGCGAAUUCCAUCUGGCACGAUACGAGUCGCUGUGGCACCAAAUGACGGACUGGGCUCAUAUGAUGUGGAUCUUCUUACAUCCUUGGUCCUUUGGAACAAAAGACACUGACAUUGAUAUCGAUAAGCAUCUUUGGACCAUCCCCAUGGAAUUCCGCUCUUCGCUCGUGUUGUACUUGACACAACUUGGACUCGCGCGUCUGAAGCCUAUGCUUAGGAUAUUGUCGCUGGUCGCACUUAUCAUUUGGUGUCAUCAAAAAGAUCGCUGGGAGAUGAUUCUCUUUUAUUCUGGCUUCCUCCUUGCCGAGCUGGAUUUCCGCAGACAAGCGCUGGCCGCAACAAAAUCUGUCCUUCCUCUAGUCACUCUCUCAGCAACCUCAGGACGCCAGCGACUGUGGACAGUGUUGUAUAUUCUCGUCUUUCUGGUCGGCAUAUAUCUCGGAGGACAACCACAAAUGCAUGUCGAACAUGCCCCUGGCUGGGCCACACUAUAUUCUCUGGUUCCUUCCUGGGUCUCGCACAAACAGCGGUACUGGGUUGGCUGGGCGGCGGUACUGCUCGUAUGGUCAACUUCGAACUCUGCACUUCUUCGGCGCCUUUUCACCAACGGUCCUGUUCAGUAUCUUGGAAAGAUCUCCUUCUCGCUUUACCUCAUGCACGGUCCUGUUACUCACACCAUUGGCUAUGCUUCCAUGGAUUUUUUCUGGUGCGCUAUUGGGGAUGACACAUAUAUGACCAAAGAGAUUGGCUUCGUUCUCGCGGCGAUUAUCAACAUCACGAGUACUAUUUGGGUGGCAGAUGUAUUCAUGCGUGCGGUUGACAUCCCGACUGUGAAACUCGCCAAAUGGGUUGAGAAGAAUUGCAUCGUACCAUUGGAGUAA